AGUUCAGUUCUUUCUGAGAUCUCGCUGCGUUCGUAUUGAGAGCGCGCGCUCGGUGCAGCCAAAAAAUAGAUUGACUCGCUUGCGUACCGCAAUUGUUGAGGAUCGCCUUAGCAGACGGGCCCAAUUCACUUGUGCAUUAUUCUCCUAUACAUACAUACUUACAUAUAUGUAUGUAUGUAUACGUAUAUGUUCUUUCGUUUUGUAUUUUGUAGAUAUUUCUGUUAUCGCUUUUAUUGUGUGACAAAAUUCGUGAAAGACCGUCUAGCGAUGGCAACUUAACCGACGACGUAAUGAACCUUCCGGCAAGUGGCGAGGGAGUAUAGUGCGUUGUGGAUACAUCAUUAAAUGCGGAUCGUGAUUGAAUCAUCGGCAAUAUUGAGUCUCAACGACUAGUUAAUCUUCUGGAUUGUUUUAAUUUUGGAAUUGUGGAGCCUCGCGAGUAGAAUAAUUUCCAGCGGCGCCUACGCAAUUAUUUUGAUUGGAAAUAAAAGUGGCAAUCGCAUUACAGUUGCGAAACUUGGCGGUCAUGACAAAGGACCAGCAGGCAACCCCAAUACCCGAGGAGCUCUACAACCUUACCAAACUGGCUGAUGUGACACUGGCGGCUGGACCGCUCAGCACCAGCAGACCAGAUGUCAAUGGAACAUUUUACGCCUCGUCGGACGAUGAAUCUACCUAUAACUCUUACAGCCACAAGGUGUUCGAUCGCAGGAAACAGCGACGUUGCACUAUCUCCGACUCAAACUCAAACUCCAGCCAGUCAAGCACUCAGUCACAGGCCAGCGAAGAGCCGAGCAGGGCUGUCUUGCAGCUCACACCGCCGCCAGGCAGCUCCAGCAGCAGUCUUCUAGACGAUGAGCACAUUUGCCCAGAGUGCGGCAAGAAGUACUCCACUUCUUCGAAUCUCGCUCGCCAUAGACAAACCCACAGCUCUCCCACCAGGUCAAUAAUGGACAAGAAGGCGCGCCACUGUCCCUAUUGUGAAAAGGUGUACGUGUCGAUGCCGGCGUUCUCAAUGCAUGUGCGCACCCACAAUCAGGGAUGCGAGUGCCAGUACUGCGGGAAAUGCUUCUCCCGCCCCUGGCUGCUGCAGGGACACAUACGCACCCACACCGGCGAGAAGCCUUUCAAGUGCAGCGUCUGCAGCAAGGCCUUCGCCGACAAAUCCAAUCUGCGUGCCCACAUACAGACGCACUCCAAUACCAAGCCCCACACCUGCGCUCGCUGCGGUAAGGCCUUUGCUCUAAAGUCCUAUUUGUACAAGCAUGAAGAGUCGUCCUGCAUGAAAAAUCGCAGCGAAGCAGCCGCAGCCACCAUACUCCCUUCGCAAGCUGAUGCACCGUCCAGGCAGCAGGAGCAGACGGAAGCUAAUGUACACAUUACAGCAUCCGGUGCUGCUGAUUCGGCCAAGUCCAAGCUUCUGCAAAAGGUCAAAGAGCGCCGGCAAGCUCAAGCACAGGUACAAGCGCAAGCAGAUGCACAGGCACAAGCACAGUCAGAAGCGGCCCUUGGUUUUGGGUAUGCUGGUUCGCCUUUGGUGGUAAACGCCUUCGGCCAACUGAAUAGUUCCGAGUACUACGAGAGCUUCAAGCGCAACGCAGCCAUUCAGAGCACCAUCUUGCCGCAUCCAAAUGCCGUCUAUCAGGAGCAUCUGCUGCCCUAUCCGCACUUUUCACAAGUCAACACACCCACACACACUGUUGAGUCAGUCCAGGAGCAGCCAGUCGACUUCUCGCCCAAAAACAACUUUUCACACUCGGCCAAGACGAGUCCCUUCGAGCUGGCCGGCAAUUAUGCGAUAGUCGCUUAGCUGCUUGCCCACAACCGCCACGCCCAGUCUGACUGUAAAAGACAAUACAACCCCAAUUAAAAAAAAGAAAAAAAAAACUACAAAUAACCAAAAGCCUGAAGUCAGAAGCCAGAAACCCAUUUUUGCAUUCGUAUUAGGAGCUUACUGUAGUAAACAAAUAUGUGAUAAAUAUGAAAAAGAGCUAAAGAAGUAAUAUUAGAGAGUAGUGAAUUC